AUGCUCUCCCUCGCAUCGCGAGCGGCAUUGCAGUCGGUUCAUCCACUCCGGCCAGUCUGUCACCGCGUUCCGAACUUGGGGGCGCAUGUUGCAUUGCCGAGUCAUCCAUGCAUGUGUCGCCGGUCCAGCAGGGAUGGAAGGAGUCGUUCUUUCAGGUUCUCCUUAAGCUCGGGGAAGCUUCAAUCUUCCAGCUGUCAUUGUCGCAAUUGCGCGACCGAGCCAACUGAUUUUGGACGAGUUUUGUCAGUGUCGGCGGGCCAGGCGCAUACCUGUGCAGUACAGGCAGAUGGCCAGCUAGUCUGCUUUGGAGACAACUACUUUGGGCAGUGCGACGUGCCAGCGGACUUGGGACCAGUGUUGACAGCCUCUGCAGGCUAUAAGCACACCUGUGCAGUACGGGCUGAUGGUCAACUCGUUUGCUUUGGAGGCAACUUCCUCGGCCAGUGUGCUGUGCCAGGUGACUUAGGACGAGUCGUAUCAGUCUCGGCGAGCUACGGACACACCUGCGCAGUGCAAGCAGACGGUCAGCUGGUAUGCUUUGGGCACAAUCCGAAUAAACAGUGCGAUGUGCCAGCAGAUUUGGGACCUGUUUUGGCAGUGUCAACAGGAUUUAAUCAUGCUUGCGCAGUGCAGGCAGAUGGUCAGCUAGCCUGCUUUGGUAGCAAUUGGCUUAAGCAGUGCAGUGUGCCAGCAAAGUUGGGUCCAGUUCUGGCAGUAUCGGCGGCCUAUAGAGAUACCCAUGCUGUCAGGAGUGAUGGGCAGCUCGUUUGCUUUGGAGACAGAUCUCGACGACAGCGCGAUGUGCCAUCAGGUUUGGGACCAGCUGUGGCGGUUUCAACCGGAGCACGCCAUACCUGUGUAGUGCUUUCAGAUGGUCAGCUCGUCUGUUUCGGGCAGAACAGGCGUGGGGAGUGUAAGGUGCCAGCUGAUUUGGGACCAGUCUCGAGUGUCUCGGCCGGCUAUGAUCACACCUGUGCUGUGACUGCGGAUGGCCGACUCGUCUGUUUUGGUGAGAGCAGGUCUGGGCAGUGUGAUGUGCCGGAGCCCUUGAAGAUACAAAACGAGGUUUAA